ACGUGCCCUACCUGACAUGUCGUUCGUAGGAACGUCCAGGGAAUUAGCCGCGCCGUGCCCGCGCGCACGUUAAGCCUCGGCCGGGAACGCGAACGGAUUGUUACCCAUGUUUUCACUCGUGCGCUUUGCGCAUCUUUUUCUUUCAAAUAGCGAUGAAAAGAUUAUCUACGGGCUUUGAGGGAUGGAACGGAACAGCCAACACCAUGGGUGAUCCACCGGUCGCCCGCUCAGAGAGGCUGUUUUCCCUGGCCUGCUCGCUGUCGGGGCUGGGGCAGGACGCUGCCAACGGGACUCCUUCGGGUCUCCAUGACAAGGACGUGGAUGAUGAGCCCCCCCCACCGGAGUCUGGCAUAGAGCUCGGACCUGGGCUGUAUUUCGCAGAUGGUCGCAAGAAAGUGGACUACGUUCUCUGCUACAAGUACAAAAAGAGGCGGGGCUCAAAGCCACGCCUUUCAGUCGUUUCCAAUGGCAGCAUAGCGGCGUCCGUGUCCGGGUUCCGGGGCUCAGAGGCGGAGCUCGGGGAGGCGGGGCUAGCAGCGGUCGAGGGGGAGGAGUCAAAACUGACGGAAGAGGAGAAGGCUGUGAUGCGGGCGGAGUUUGAAAGUGGACUGCAGGAGGCGGGAUUACACAUAGAACGGGAUAAACAGACCUCGCUGCACGGUGUUGCAUUCAUCCGUCUUCACAUCCCUUGGCCGAUCCUCAGCAGAGAGGCGGAGCUCCAGAAGAUCAAGGUGGCCGUGAAAAAGAAAUGUGAGAUGCGGGAACGGUCGGGUAUCGCUGGUAUUUGGGAUUCCGUGAUGACCAAAAUCACCCAGCCACUGCAGCCAGAUGUGUCUGACGUGGACGACCAGCAGGAUUCUAAGACGCGCGUCCAAUUGAAGACCCUCAAACACCCGUUUAUCAGAGAAAAGCUCCAGCUGUAUGACAUCAAGUCAACAGAGACAUUGUUCUGCAAUUCUACACGGAGCCGGAUAGUUGCAGAAAUUAUGUCUCGUACUACCACACAAUCCUGCCAAACUACAGGCAUCACCUCCUUAUUGGCCAGAGAUGUCUAUGACUCCGCCUUCCCUCUGCAUGACGGCUCGUUCACGAGAAGAGGCAGGAAAGACCAACGCAAUGAAAGACAGUUGCUGCAUGAAGAAUGGGCCAACUAUGGAGUCAUGCAUAAGUACCAGCCUGUGGACCUGAUACGGAAGUACUUUGGGGAGCAGAUUGGGUUGUAUUUUGCCUGGCUGGGAGUCUACACUCAGCUUCUUAUUCCUCCAUCUCUGCUGGGAAUCGUAGUGUUUGUGUACGGCAUUUUAACUGUUGACACCAACGUGCCCAGUCAGGAGACAUGCGACGACCACCUGAACAUUACCAUGUGCCCUCUCUGCGAUGGAGUGUGUGACUACUGGCGACUGAGCUCAGUGUGCUCAUUGGCCAAAGCGUCGUACCUCUUUGACAACGGGGCCACCGUCCUCUUCGCUAUCUUCAUGUCCCUGUGGGCUGCGUGUUUCCUGGAGCAUUGGAAGAGGCGUCAGAUGUGUCUGAAACACAGUUGGGACCUGACCAGCCUGGAGGAUGAGGAGGACCGAGUUCAGGAGGAAGUAAGACCUGAAUAUGAAAGUGCAUUAAAAGAGAAGAGACAGAAGAUCAGAGAAAACAAUAAGAAGAAGGCAGCUCGGCCUGGAGACAACACAGACGGGGAGCGGGACCAGAUGCUCUCCACCCAGAGAGAGCCAGAGUCCUUGGACAUUGAGGAUCACCUGUCAGGCUACCUCAUCAACGUGUCCACCCUACUCCUACUGAUCGGAGUCACCUUCUCCGCCGUCUUUGGCGUGGCGGUCUAUCGGAUUUGCAUGCUGACCGUGUGGUCGAUGAACCCCGACCCCGAGGCCAAGGCCAGUGUGAGGAUGACGGUCACCACCACCGGCAUCGUGCUCAACAUGCUGGUGGUGCUGGUGUUGGAGGAGGUGUACGGAGCCUUCGCCGUCUGGCUCACCGAGCUAGAGCUCCCUAAGACUGAGGCCGAGUUUGAGGAGAGGCUGAUCUUCAAGUCCUUCUUCCUCAAGUCCAUGAAUUCCUUUGCACCUAUUUUCUACGUGGCCUUCUUCAAGGGCAGGUUUGCCGGCCGACCAGGAGACUAUGUGUACAUCUUCGGAGACUACCGCAUGGAAGAGUGUGCCCCACCAGGCUGUCUGAUAGAGCUGUGCAUCCAGCUCAGCAUGAUCAUGCUGGGGAAGCAGCUGAUCCAGAACAACGUCUUCGAGGUCGUCAUACCUAAGCUGAAGAAGAUGUACAGAACGAUGCAGGAGGAGAAGGGGAAGCAGAGAGCGGCGUGUGGGGCUGAGGCACAGGAGCAGGGUCCCCGCAGGCCCAAGCAGCAGUUUGACAAGGACUUUGCCCUGGAGCCGUUCGAAGGAACCUGCCCAGAAUACAUGGAGAUGAUCAUCCAGUACGGCUUCGUGUCUCUGUUCGUGGCCUCCUUUCCGCUGGCUCCUGCCUUCGCCCUGCUCAACAACGUCAUCGAGAUCCGCCUGGACGCUGCGAAAUUCGUCAGCGAGAUCCGCCGGCCUGAUGCAGUGAGGUGUAAGGACAUAGGGAUUUGGUACAACAUACUCUGUGGAAUCAGCAAGUUCUCGGUCAUUACAAAUGCGUUCGUCAUCUCCUUCACGUCAGAGUUCAUUCCCCGCAUGCUGUACCAGUACAUGUACAGCGCCAAUGGCACCAUGCACGGCUACACGGAGCACUCGCUGGCCUACUUCAACAUCAGCAACUUCCCAGCAGGCAGCGCGCCCACGUCCACCCUGAUCAGGGGCGUCUCCAUGUGCAGGUACAAGGACUACAGGGACCCCCCUUGGGCCGAUGAUGCGUACACCUUCUCCAAACAGUACUGGUCGGUCCUGGCUGCGCGACUGGCCUUCGUCAUCUUUUUCCAGAACCUGGCCAUGUUCCUCAGCAUGCUGGUGGCGUGGCUGAUCCCCGACGUGCCGCGCUCCCUGAGGGAGCAGCUGAAGAAGGAGAACAUGAUGCUGAUGGAGUUCCUGCUCAACGAGGAGGCCGCCUCCAAGCCUCGCUCCCCACAGGAGGCGGCGCCCGCGUUCCCCGCAAACAUCGACAUCGUGGUGGAGGCCCCGCACGAGGACGAGGAAGAGGAAGAGAAGGAGGAGGAGCAGGAGGAGGCAGAGGAGAGGAAAGAGGAAGAAGAAAGGGAAGAGGGGUUGAAGGAGAAGGAGGAGGAGCAGGAGAAAGAGGAGGACAAGGAGAAAGAGGAGGACAAGGAGAAAGAGGAGGAGAAGGAGAAAGAGGAGGAGGAGGAGAAAGAGGAGGACAAGGAGAAAGAGGAGGAGAAGGAGAAAGAGGAGGAGGAGAAGGAGCAAGACGAGGAGAAGGAGGUUGAACUUGGCGUCAAAGUGGAUCUGGGGGGACCUGGGACCACGCGUGAGAGGGACCCUGAACUUGAGAUGGCAACAGGAGGGGAGGCUGAAGAAAGAGCGGACAAUGGUCAUGUCGAUCUGGUCCUCUGCCGAAAGGAGAUGAAGGAGCAUUUAGCAGAAAAGAAAGAGGAGGAAGGAGACCGGAGGCCAGAAGAGAAGGCGGAGGAAACAGUAGUGGUCGAGGAGGCCAGGGCGGUGGUGGAGGAGGUGGAGGGGGCCAUGGUGGUGAUGGAGGAGGUGGAGGAGGCAGCGGUGGUGGUGGAGGAGGUGGAGGGGGCCAUGGUGGUGAUGGAGGAGGCAGCGGUGGUGGUGGAGGAGGCAGCGGUGGUGGUGGAGGAGGCAGCGGUGGUGGUGGAGGAGGCUAAGGGGGUGGUGGAGGAGGCAGCGGUGGUGGUGGAGGAGGCAGCGGUGGUGGUGGAGGAGGCAGCGGUGGUGGUGGAGGAGGCUAAGGGGUUGGUGGAGGACGGCACAGUGGUGGUGGAGGACGGCACAGUGGGGGUGGAGGAGGCCAAGGUGGUGGAGGAGGAGGAACAGCACUUUUCCAUUGAUCUAGACUUGUUCAUGGACCAACUGGGUUUGUUCGAUGAUGACGAUGAUGACGGUCCUUCUUCAAGCAAGGGCCGGGAAAUGGAGCUGCCCCUCUCGGACACCAGACAACAGCCACCCCACCUCUUUGAGCUCCCUGGUCCCCCGCAUCUAGCACCCAAGCAAGGCUCGUCCUACAGUCUCUCGGGCGCAACGGUGUCAACCAGAGCGUUGGAGUCGGACCCCGGGCUCUACUCGCUCAAAGGGCCCCCGCCUCCAGACGCCCGGUCCAGGGGCAUGGCGCGAUGCUCCACCCUGCCUUCCCGCCCCAGAGGCUCCGCAGCCUCCUACAGCUUGCCGCGCCCGAGCCAAUCAACCAGCCUGACCAAGCUCCAGCAGAUGUCCUCCAACAUCCCUCUGGUCCCCCUGUGCUCCGGAGUGUCCCUCCCGCCGGCUGACCCCUUUUCUCCCCCUCGCACGCCCCGCUCACUCACCCCCCUGCAGCCGGCCCACUCGGCCCCGGCCGGGCCAGAGUCGCCCGGGGCCCAGCUCCCCUUCGAACUGUUCACCCUGAGGGGCCCUCCUCCCCAGGAGCCGCGCAGCAGGGCCAAGAGCCGCUGCGCCACGCUGCCCGCCCGCCGGCUGGGCCCCGGGGCCGAGGUCAGGGCGGUCAAGCCCAGCCAGUCCACCGGCUUCACCCAGCAGGGAGAGCGCAUCCCUCCGUCCCCCAGCGAACUGAAAGGCGACAGCCUGCUGUGAGGACGGGCCAGCGGGGAGAGAGACUGACUCUGGAUGGGCGUUUUGAACCUGAAGCCUCAACCUAACCUCUUACUUCUUGUGCUCGCCCUGUUGCACUGCAUCGGUGUAAACACUGCAAACAAGUGCAACUCUUUUUUCUGAUGCUAAUGAAGAAGUUCUUGCAGAGGUGCAGGAAGGAUCUUUUUUUUUAUGUACAGGAUCUCUGUUUGAUGUCGGAGAAAUGUGAAAUCCUAUCAUUUCCAUUAGUGGUGAUUUGGACAAAUGGGAGUAUUGGACAAUUCAGAUCCCAGAUACUGGCUUCUGGAACUCUCUUUGCCAUGCCACAAUGCAAAUCACCGUGGAGACUUAUUGAAGCUGAAAUUCUUUCUACUGAUUCCUAUGGAUAAUGUUUGUUUUAUUGUUGGUUUCUGCCCACAGUCGGAGCUCAAUAGUGUCUGCUCCUCAUAGUCACAGCGUUGCUGCCCUGUAGAACAGAGGGAAUUGUAUCAUGAUAUUGCACACAUAGUGUCGAUCAAGACAGUUACGCAUGUAGAUCUACUAUUUAUACAUAGUGUUUUGAUAUAUACAUACAUUUUUCUGUUCACAUGAAAGUGAUAAUAAAACAAUCCAUUUUUAA